GCACUGGAUGCCGCGUGUCGUCAUAAAAAUGAAUCGACCCAAGUGCAGAAUAAGCAGUUCAAGUUGACAACUCUUGUCCCUAAACGGACAGGAUGUCAGUGCAAGCAGUGAACCUGUCGUUUGCGGCUUGCGGAUUCCUGGGCAUCUACCAGCUGGGCGCUUGUGGAGCCAUUCUGAGGCACGGAGACAAGCUUCUGGGCUCCCUCAGAGCAUGUGCCGGGGCAUCUGCUGGAGCUCUGGUGGCGGCAAUGGUAGUCACUGCUCCAGAGAAGCUAGAGAGAGUCAAAGAAUUUACCUUGAGAUUUGCCAAAGAUGUCAGAAGCCAGAGGCUAGGUGCUGUAACACCUGGAUAUGACUUCAUGCUUACACUCAGGGAUGGCAUCGAGGAGUUUCUGCCCAGCAAUGCCCACAGCAUAGCAGGAGACCGCCUUCACAUCUCUAUAACACAUUCGAAAAGCGGCAAGAACAGCAUUGUGUCACACUUUGCCUCUAGGGAGGACCUCAUAAAGGUACUCCUGGCCAGUAGUUUUGUGCCUGUCUAUGCUGGAAUCAAACCAGUGGAAUGGAAAGGCAAGAAAUGGAUUGACGGGGGCUUUACGGACGGCCUCCCUGUGCUGCCGGAGGGGCGUACAGUCACAGUGUCACCAUUCGCUGGUCACCAAGACAUCUGCCCAAAACACAGAGGACUGUUGAACCUCCACCUCCGACUGGCCAACAUGGGCGUCAUGCUUUCCAAGGAGAACAUCGUUAGGUUGAACCAGUCCUUAUUUCCUCCCCCAGAGGCAAGGAUGCUCCAGUACUGUGAAGAGGGCCAUGAAGAUGCAAUGACAUUUCUGAAGAAAGAAAACUGGAUUCAGUAGGCUUAUAUUUCAGUACCUAGAACUUUUUAUUUUCCAUUGUGUUUCUACAUUUAAAAAACAUUACAGUUAUUAUAUAUUUUUUUAAAUGGAAUAGAUGGUUUUAAAAAAAUAAACCAUUAAAUAAUGAGCUUGUCAAGUUUAUGAUUUGCUCUUUACACAUUACCCAUAAAAAGACCAUACCUUCAACUCUACAAUCUGGAAAGACAUGGAAAUAACAGCCAACUGCAUAUGCUUUUCAAUCUCUCUCAUUUGGGAUAGCUAGGCCUAGAUGGAAUUCCUUGAUUGAAAUCAGUCUUGUUUGAACAUGCCUCACCAUCAAUUUUCAGCAGCCAUCCAUUACUCCUUAGCAAAUGGUGGCAGGAGGAGCGGAAAUCAGCAGGCUACUUCUCAGAAGUACAUAACAUGCAGCAGCGUCACGUAACCUAGCCGAGGUCCUUCAGCUCCUCAGGGACAAGAAUGGAGUGCCCCUUUGAUGUGUUACCAUAGAAAUGGCUGUUAGAACGCAGCACGAUCUUCUCUGCUCCUGAGAAACCAUUUGACUUCCUCCGGUCCUCGGGUAUUGACUUGAGAAAUGUGCUGUGUUCAGGAUCAUUUUCUGGUGGUUGAACUCACACACGCACACACACACGCACACACACACGCACACACCUCCCUCAGGUAAGCUCCGGAUCUUCAGGGGGUAUUGCUGAUAUGUAUUUGCAAAUAUAAUAUUAUUACACGACAGGGCUUAAUUACAAUCACAACGUUCUCAGCCGAUGUGACUGGUAAUAGUACAGUCGUCCGAAAAAGACAUAAGAUGAAUAAUAUGAAUGUAAUAACGUGUUUGUAUAUUAUGGAGAACAGUUUGUACUGGCAAAUGGUAAUGCAUCUUUCAGAGACGUGGUAUCUUGUGCCACAGGGUUUUUGAUAUUUGGACCUUUCUUGUCCUUGAUCUAUAUCAUUGACUGUGCUGCAGUCUUCUGUCUUUUCUUUUCUUUUCUUUUCCUUCCCUUUUGCCAGUGAUACCAGUAGGAAUUUCUGAAAUAAGAAUUUUUAUUUAUUUAUCAAUGAAGCCAAUAUAGGCGUGGCCCCGUAUUCUCACAGACCAAUUUUUGCUGAAGGGUUCAGUCCAGAGACAACAACAUUCCCAUCUGCCAAAAACAAUUAAGGAAAUAAAAAAUGAGUGGAAUAUGAAAUAACCGAAGGAAUUAAAUACAAAGGAAUACUAAAAAAAGAAUCACUACAUUAAAGUUUUUUUUAUACCUACAAACCCCCCGCCCAUCUCCACUCCACUCACAAGCUCAAGUUAAGGGCUUAUCGAUGCAUAUAACAUAUCAUGUAUAACCCAUAUUUUGUUUUCACAUUUGUUAGUUACAUUUUAUUAAUCUACAUCAUCUCAAUAUUUGCUAAUUACCUGUUUACAUUAUUAGUUGCAUCAAUUCAUAAACUAAUCAAGUUAAACUCCAUACAUGAAUAUAAAAUAAUGUACAUGCUCAAAGUACCAUUUCUGAUUGUCAAACAUGGUUGUCUGACAACAUCUCAUUAAGUCUUUUUUCUGAUGUACAUUACUGAUUACUGAUUAAUUGUCAAAUUGUCAAGUUGAUUCUGAGGACAUUUAGUUGAAUUAACACUAAAUUGGAAAGAUUUACUUCAUACUUCCAAGUUAUGUCAUCAGAAAGAUUGGUGGUUUCUGUGUCGGUAUAUAUAUCUUUCAAAUAAUUACUUGUCAAACUAAAUAAAUGUGCAACACUCCCUCUAAUUAUAUUAAA